AUGGCUUCUCACGAGAAACGCCUGGCAUUGCAGGAGACCGACGAAGCCGGUCAUCCUACUGCCACUUAUAUCUACUCCAGAGAUGUGGCGCCGACAUCUGCGGGGAGGGUGGAUGUGAUGGGAUCAUCUUCAGCGUCACCAUGGUCGACUAAGCCCCUAAUCGAUUCGCUCAGUGACAUCUUUCUUCCAUCGGGCUACCCGCAGAGUGUCAGCGAGGACUACCUUCCAUAUCAAAUCUUCGUGAGUAUUGAGGUCCUCAAUCUGUCUUGUCUUCAUUGGAUCGACAUGCAUCCAAUGCCCGAGCAAUCCUCGAGAAACCGGUCUAACGCACAUUCACCAUGUGCUGUGUCUCAGGACUCCCUGCAAGCAUUCUGCAGCUCGAUCGCCGGACUCCUAUCCUCCCGAGCCGUGCUACAAGGCGUCGGCGUGGGCAAUGCCAGCGCCUCACCUACCUCCGCCCUGCUACUACACAUCCUUCAAGACACAUCAGGCCGAGUGGCAACGAUUUUCUUCGCGCACCGGGUAGGCACGGCACUCGAGCCCGAGUGCAAAACCUACCGGCUGGCCGCCGACGUCUUCAACGACAUCGCCAUGAUCCUGGACUGUGUCUCGCCCAUGGUUCCUGGCGGAGCCAUGCGCGUCAGCGUCCUCAGCACAGCUGGAAUCCUGCGGGCUCUGUGCGGAGUCGCCGGUGGCAGUUCCAAGGCGAGUCUGAGUGCGCAUUUUGCGCGGUGGGGGAAUCUGGCCGAGCUCAAUGCCAAAGAUUCCUCUCAGGAGACGGUCAUUUCUCUUCUCGGCAUGCUGGUCGGAUCUGUUGUCGUCUCACACAUCACUGGUUUCCGUACGACGUGGGCUGCCCUGCUGGUUCUGCUGGCCUUGCAUCUCAGCAUGAACUAUGCCGCCGUCCGCGCCGUACAGAUGACAAGCCUCAACCGGCAGCGAGCCAACAUAGUCUUCUCCGCGCUACUGGACUCGGACUCUAAUCUUGAGCUUGCCACUCUUGGAUCAUCCCCAGACCCAGACUCCGACUCGGAACACCAAUGGAAAAUCCUCACGCCAGCCGACGUUGCCCAACAGGAACGCAUCUUCCACCGCGAUGCAGUCCUCGAAUGGACGCAGCAGACACCAUACCCGAAGACACAUCGUCUAGGCACCGCGCAGAUUGGGGUACCCUUACCAACAUUCUUCCAGCCAGAGCCCUUUAAACAAAGCCGGUCCUUCCAAACAGCGAUCCCAAUAGCUCAAAUCACAGCCCUCUUCGCCGAUGAAGCAUAUCUCCUCUCCGUGACACGCGAUUCAUCCACAGCGUCCCCGAAAUGGCACGCCGCUAUCCUCCUCAAGAAACAGUGUUCUGUCAGAGCGCAGCUCAAGGCCUGGACACACGCUCUGCUAGCUGCACGCAUCUUGGCAGAAUCAUUGCCGACACAGCAUGCUUCUACCACCAAGCAUGCUGCUAGCCUGCAAGAAUCAGGAAUGGUUGUCGAUGUCAUCGCGCGCUCGCUAGCCUUUCUGAACCAACACGCUCGGUUCGAACGCUAUGUGGCGCGGCUGGCGGCGGCCGGGUGGAAUGUUGAGGUUGCGGCGCUGGAGACUAGGGCUGGUCGCAGGGUUUCUUGCUCGGAGGUUUAG